AUGGUUUCUUUUCAAAGAAGAUACUUCCUCAUCAGUUGUCUACAGCUUUUGGCGUGCUUGGAAUCCCUGUCGACAGGUGGAAAUGAAAUUUGUAGCCGCCGAAACUCACUGAAGCAAGUCUUGGCUGGUGUUACCUGUGGAUCACUUGUUGUACAACCCGCCUCUGCGAAGUACUCCGACUACAGUCGCCGCGAGAAAGAUUGGCAGGAUCGAAAGCAAAAAAAUGAAGUAACGUUCUCUUCAGCCCGUGAUUUGAAAGCCCAAUUGAAGGCCAUUGCGCCAAUGAACGCCGAAUCCUCCUCGAUCUUCUGUCCGAACGGGCCGAGUGCCAAUGUCUCUCCUCUAAUGGAGAAUAAGUGUGGAGACAGACUUGCUACCCCAAGUGUAUUUGGUCGUCAAGAUGAUGUGCUUGGCAAUUCCAUUCCUGGCUUCAAAGAGGGUUACUUCGACGGUGGCAGCAGCUCGUCGAUGAGUGCUCAAGUUGGAGGAUUUCCAAGUUACAACAGCAUUACCAGUCGUCAAGACCAACGUUGA